AAUUUUCAUUUCUCUGGCUUUCUUUUCUUUGUUUACCUAAUAAAUUCCCGAACUGGAAGAAAAGCAUGCAUUUUCAUUUUUCAGCGCCUGAGCACCCGGUUUGCAUUUGGCUACAAAAACCAUAACUAACAAAACAAACUCCCUCAUUCCAGAAAUCCAAGUUACAAGUCGAACAAAUUCAAAUUCAAAUUCACCAAUCGGAGCCAGAUCUCGGAGCACCACCCCUUCUCUCUUGGGUUUCGGAGAGGGGAAAGGGGAAGAAAUCAGAUAUAAAAACUCUUGGAUUCGCCAUCGCCAGAAGAAAUGUCUCGAAUCUUCGAGUACUUCGUGGUGUGCGGGAUCGGACCCGAGAUUCGAACCAUGGACGGAAACAAAGGGUACCAUGGCACUGGUUGCUUGUACCUUCCUUCUCUUCUCGACCAGUAUCCUCCCCCCAAUCACACUCUCUACCCUUCUCCGCCGCCUCAGCUUUCCACAUGUGUUCUACCCGCCGGCGUUGAAUUUUAUUCCUCAGGAUUUGAUUCCAAUGAUCCUGCCUCGUUUCCGCGGAGCUAUCCGAUUGUUUUGACCGAGGGUGAUGGAUCAAAAAUUUAUGUCAGCUGCAUUUCUUUCCGGGAUCCAGUUUGUGAGGAUAUUGCAGAGGCCUACCGGAUUCAGGCAAAUUCAUAUGCUGACAAAUGCAUCUGUCUGGUUUCACGCUUGCCAAGUUUCCGCGUACUAAAAAGUGCUCUAGAGGAAAUAUUUGCUCUGUGUUUUUCCCCAAAUGGAAGUAGCAAGCCUCUAUGGGAUGUUAUAGCACAUAUGGUAUCUAGUGUGCCUUUGCCAACUCCUGGAAAGGAGCGAGUUCUGUUUGCUAUUGAGAGUUGUCUGCUUUCUGUAGAGGCUCCACCUAUUGAUUGGCUUCCCCAUGCUGAUAUAUCAUUUCAGCCUCUGGUGCAGUGCUUGGAUGUUGACAACUUAUUGAGCCUUUUUACAGCAGUGUUGCUUGAGAGAAGAAUUUUGCUUCGAGCUAAUAAGUAUUCACUUCUAACUCUUGCAUCAGAAGCCAUUUGUCACUUAAUCUACCCAUUCCGAUGGCAGCAUGUAUACAUUCCGUUGCUGUUUUUCAGUGGAGUAGAUUAUAUUGAUGCUCCUACACCAUAUAUGAUGGGACUCUAUUCGGGUGUUGAUACUUCUGCUCUGGCAAUUGAUGGGGUUGUUGUUGUGGACCUUGAGUAUAAUCGUAUCACUACCUCAGAGGAAAUUCCUCCUAUUCCUGAGCCAGAAUUCAGCCUUUUGCGUGGUGAGAUAAUGAAGCUAUUAUAUCCCAAUGUAAUUGGAAUUGAUGAGAUGAACACUGGAAUAUACAGUGUGUCUGAGCAUUAUCCUAAACUUAGGGCUAAGCAAUGGGGAGAGGAACACGACCUUCAGCUAAGGAUGAUAUUCCUAAAGUUCUUUGCAACAGUUUUAAGUGGCUAUCGCAAUUUCCUAGAAAAUAGUGCUACUCAGGUCUUCAACUCUCAAGCUUUUUUGAAGAAGCGGUCUCGAUCUACUAACCAACCACCAGAGCCCAUGAUAGCUCAGUUCCUAGACUCUCAUGGUUUCUUGGAUUAUUUGGAAAGAGGAGUAGGUUCUGAUGAAAACAACAAUAAUCUGCUUGAUAAGCUACAAGAUGCAAUUGGAAGGGGUCAAAACCCUAUGUCAAUUCUUCCUUCAUCCUCAGUAGAACCUGAGAUUUUAACAGUAUCAGAUUCUGAUAUUGGAAUAUCAGGAUCUGGUGCCAAGUACACUUAUGAUAGAUUUCCUGCAAAUAUCAGAACAGAAGAACAAGAAGAAAAGAGGAAACAGAUUCUUGCAGCAGUUAGUAAUGCUUUUGAGUACUCAGGAAGGCAUACUCCUAGUAAGGAUCCUUUAGCAGAUAGUCUUAGUCCAGACGAGAGAGCUGCUGAAAGGGAUCGCAUGGUGCUAGAUAUUCAGGUUAAGCUGCAGGGUUUAUGGCUGCGGCUUCUUAAACUGGGAGCAACAGAUGAUCCUCUCUCAUCCUUUGAAUAUGGAACGAUACUCGCUUUGAUUGAAUCUGAUGCAGAGGGGAUUGGCGGUAGUGGAUUUGUUGAAUGUAUAAGAGAGCAUAUACAUUCGGGUUGGGACUGUCAUCUCACUGAAGAACAGUUUAUUGCAGUGAAAGAAUUGCUUAAAACAGCUAUUAAUCGCGCAACAUCACGUAAUGACUUGUUGACCAUUAGAGAUGCUCUUGAAGUUUCUUCUGAUAUGUAUAAGAAAGAUAAUAAUAAUGUGCUGGACUACGUCCAACGUCAUCUUAUCUCUUUAUCUAUUUGGGAGGAAUUACGAUUUUGGGAAGGAUAUUUUGACUAUUUAAUGGAGCAAUCUUCAAACAAGUCUGCCAACUAUGCAUCUUUGGUGACAGCUCAGCUUGUUGUGUUGGCAUCACACAUGGCUGGGCUGGGACUUCCUGAUAAUGAUGCUUGGUACAUGAUCGAAACAAUUGCAGAGAGGAACAGCAUCGGAUCCAAUCAAUUUAUAAAGAUCAGAGGGUUCUUGUCUCAUAUCCAGCAAUUACGUAAUGGAUACUGGGGAAUCACCUCAAUGAAAGCACAGUCUGUGUUAUUACUUGCAUUGCCAUCCCCGCAUUCUAAAGAUGCCAAAGAUGAGAACCAGCAACCCACUGAGGCAACUGGUGUUGGUAGAAACUGGGUGCAGAGUAUGUUCAGCCGAAAUACAACAACUAGAUCCAGCUCAUUUAGUCGUGUUCGUAGAUGGACGUCUGAUGGAGGAAACUCAGCUACAAAUGAGAAUGGGACUCCUCGCAAACAAGAUCUGUCAAGUGGUGGCCAGAAAAAGCUUCAAACCAAUGUUCGCAUACUUAGGGGUCAUAAUGGUGCCAUUACUGCUCUCCAUUGUGUUACAAAAAGAGAAGUGUGGGAUUUGGUUGGUGACCGUGAAGAUGCUGGUUUUUUUAUUAGUGGAAGCACCGACUGCUCAGUUAAGAUCUGGGAUCCUAGUCUUCGUGGUUCUGAACUCAGGGCAACUUUAAAAGGCCAUACUAGAACUAUCCGCGCCAUAAGUUCAGAUAGGGGGAAGGUGGUGUCAGGAUCUGAUGAUCAGUCUGUUUUGGUGUGGGAUAAGCAAACAACUCAACUUCUAGAAGAGCUUAAAGGCCAUGAUGGACCGGUCAGCUGUGUGCGCACGCUCUCCGGGGAACGUGUGUUAACUGCAUCCCAUGAUGGCACCGUGAAGAUGUGGGAUGUAAGAACAGAUAGAUGUGUUGCAACUGUUGGCCGUUGCUCUAGUGCUGUUCUAUGCAUGGAAUAUGAUGACAAUGUGGGAGUCUUGGCUGCGGCUGGAAGAGACGUGGUUGCUAACAUAUGGGAUAUCCGUGCUAGUAGGCAGAUGCAUAAACUUUCAGGACAUACACAAUGGAUACGGUCCAUAAGAAUGGUUGGUGACACUGUGAUUACUGGUAGUGAUGAUUGGACGGCAAGAAUAUGGUCUGUUUCCCGAGGAACAAUGGAUGCUGUCUUAGCUUGCCAUGCUGGGCCAAUAUUAUGUGUUGAGUAUUCUUCUUUAGACAGAGGAAUAAUUACAGGGUCCACUGAUGGCCUGCUACGUUUUUGGGAAAAUGAUGAUGGAGGUAUACGCUGUGCAAAAAAUGUAACAAUUCACAAUGCUGCCAUAUUAUCUAUCAAUGCUGGGGAGCACUGGUUAGGCAUUGGAGCAGCUGAUAAUUCUUUGUCGCUCUUUCACCGGCCCCAAGAAAGACUUGGUGGUUUUUCUGGCACUGGGUCCAAGAUGGCUGGUUGGCAGCUUUACAGAACACCACAGAAAACAGUUGCUAUGGUAAGGUGUGUUGCUUCAGACUUGGAAAGGAAAAGGAUAUGCAGCGGUGGUCGCAACGGGCUUAUAAGGCUGUGGGAUGCAACUAUUAAUAUUUGAGUUCAAUCGUUAAAUGCAUUUUCACGUUUGUAAAUUGUAACAAUUUUAAAGGUGAAAGACAAGGUACUUAAUGAAGAGGAGGGGUUAUCUCCAUUAUUUUUUGUUUAUUUUCCUUAUAGUAUAUAAAAAUGUGCAAAGAUAUGUCUGAUGAGUCCAACUUGCGAACACUUGUAAUUUUGUGGUUAGAGGUUUCUGUAUUCUGAAUGUACAUACUGCUACGAAGAACAAAUUUUAUUAGUGUGGAUAGAUUAGUUAUAAUGUCUACCAUUGAAGUCUCAA